AUGGUUGCGGGGAAGAUGCUGCCUCAGCAAGUGCUGUCUUCCAUCCGGCAGCUCUCCUUCACUUCACAACAACUGAAGAAAAUGGUUGCCAAUGAGGGGACAUCAAGGUACCUCGGUCAACCACCACUUACGGUGCCGGAUCCGGAAAUAACGCUCAAGAAAUUUCUGGAUUAUGCCACUGCUUUGGCAGCAAAUGGAAAACCCGGUCAACAUCAGGUCUCGCAAAAUACAUCGGAUAUUUUGAAGACCAUCAAAAAAUUCCGCGAGGAAGAGAUGCCCACGCUGCAAAAGCUGUUGGAGGAGCGGGGCAGCAAGCUACAAAAUUGGCUUACUCCAUGGUGGCUUGAUGUGGCCUAUUUGGCAGCCAGAACCCCUCUACCGGUCGUCACUUCACCUGGCGUGCUAUUUCCACGAUUUCCUGUCAAGCACAGUAAUCCCGUCGACGUGCAGAUCCAUUAUGCUACCGCCAUUACCCUCAGCGCCUUGCAGUUCUAUCAAGCUGUCGAAUCUGGAGCAUUACCUCAAGAUAUGGCUGGAAAAGCCCCAAUGGACAUGUCACAAUACAAAUUUUUGUUUGGAACGACAAGGGUACCAAGGAAGAGUGUGGAUCAAAUCAAAUAUGGUUUUGCAAACAAGAACCCGAAUAAGCACAUUGUCGUGAUGCGGAAUGGACAUGCCGUGGUCGUUCCUGUGGUCACUAACGGCACGGAAAUCAGGGAUCAUGCUGUUAUUGAACAAGCUAUUAGACAGGCUUAUAAAUUAACCGAAGCUAAGAACCCUCACCAAAUCGGCAUUAUUUCCGGCGGUGAACGCGACAAUUGGGCUGGAGUUUAUAAGAAAUUGGAAGGAGACAUCAACAAUGCAGAAAAUCUGAAGGCAAUUGAGGAGGCAUUGUUUGUGGUUUGCUUGGAUGCGCCGACAGAACCACCGAACGGACAUUCUGAGAAAGAUGAGCAGGCUCGAUCUGCGUUACAUGGCUCGGGAUCCACAAAUAAUUCUGGCAAUCGUUGGUUUGACAAGACGAUUCAGUUCAUCAUCGCGGAUAAUGGAUAUUGCGGAAUGACCUAUGAACAUACCCCAGCGGAAGGACCGCCAAUCGCAAGGCUAAUGGAUUUUGUAUGCGAUAAGAUUAACGCCCAAAAAUACCUCACAAAUGGUGAUACCCAACCGGUCGAUGUCAGGCUGCUCAAGUUCAUCCUUGAAGAUUCCGUCAAAGAUGCUGUAGCCCGAAGCGCCAAGGAAAUGGACAAGGUCGUCGAGGAUCUGGAAGUCCGGACCUAUUCCUUCAAAAACUAUGGCAAGAAUUUCCCCAAGCAGUUGAAGCUGUCACCAGAUAGCUUCAUUCAAAUGGCUUUCCAAUUGGCUUACUAUAGGCUUUAUAACAAAGUCCCACCAACUUAUGAAACUGCCACACUGCGACUUUUUGCUGAAGGCCGUACCGAGAAUAUUCGAUUGCCAAGUGUAAAAUCGAGGAAUAUGUGCGAAGCUAUGCAAUCGACCGAUCGAUCCGAUACCGAAAAGUAUCAACUCUUCCGAGAAGCUGCUGAAUAUCAUAAAGAUCUUGCUAAAGAUUGUAUGGCAAACAAAGGAAUGGACCGACAUCUUUUGGCCUGGAGGUUGUUGGCUUCGGAAAAUAAACUUCCGGCACCGAGCAUUUGCCAGACCGAGAGUUUUAAAGAGAUGACGCACUUCCGGGUAUCAACUAGUCAGGUUCCCACCAAAAAUUUCAUUCAAAUGUGCUUCGGCCCAUCGGAUCCGGAUUGCUAUGGUAUCUGCUACAAUCCACAGGAAACGGAAUUGCACUUUACUGUAACAGCGUUCAAUCAGGAGCCCACCACAUCUGCUAAAAGAUUCGUCGCUGAAUUAGGAAAUACUUUCAACGAUCUCGAGCGUCUCUGCGGACGCUUCAUAGACACCAAGCCCAAAUCCAAAUUG